UUCCAACGAACAGAUCAAUUCAUGUCUUGACCUUCCCAUCUCACAAACUUUAUCUCAUACCAAAAAAACAGUCAUAUUUAUUUUUCUUAAUAUUGCUAAAAUGGUUUAAUUUUCUUAAUAUAUAUUAAAUAAAUGGUCUGAAAUACUUUCUCUUUUAAAGGCUGCAGCUUUUGUCUCUCUCUCUCUCUCUCUCUCUCCCUCUUGAGGAAUAAGGAAGGAUUUUUGGAUUUUCAAUUCAGGUUUUCAAUUCUUUGACAACUUUUACUGACAGUUUAGUGCUUAAAGCUUUGUUGGAUGAUUUUUUUCUUAUCAAAGAAGCAAUGAACCGUGUAUCAGACCUUCAGAGGCCUGGCUCAGGUAAAAGAAGAUUAAAAGAUUUGUUGCUCAAAAGUGAUAAUCGCUUUUGUGCUGACUGUGCUGCUCCGGAUCCUAAAUGGGCGUCUGCAAAUAUUGGAGUUUUUAUAUGCUUAAAAUGUUGUGGUGUGCAUAGAAGCCUUGGUACUCAUAUUUCAAAGGUUUUAUCUGUGACAUUGGAUGAGUGGUCUGACGAUGAAAUUGAUGCGAUGAUUGAAGUUGGAGGAAACUCUACUGCUAAUGCAAUAUAUGAGGCCUUUAUACCUGAGGGAGUUUCAAAGCCACAUCCAGAUGCUUCUCACGAUGAGCGUAUGAGAUUCAUCAGGUCUAAGUAUGAGCUUCAAGAGUUUUUGAAACCUAGCUUGCGGAUUACUUCAGGAAAGUCUACUAUGUCUGUUCAAUCGAGUUUUUCUAGGAGGUUUUUGGAUAGUUUUCGAAUUGCAAGUACAUCACAGACAUCGGAGGAAGGCAUGGUCGAAUUUAUUGGAUUGCUGAAGGUCAAAGUUAAAAAUGGUACAAAUUUAGCUAUUAGAGAUAUGAUGUCAAGCGAUCCAUAUGUGGUCCUAACUCUUGGGAAACAAACAGUUCAAACGACUGUAGUACGUAGCAAUUUGAAUCCGGUUUGGAAUGAGGAACUCAUGCUGUCGGUUCCACAAAAUUUUGGACCUGUAAAGUUGCAAGUAUUUGAUCACGACACAUUUUCAGCUGACGACAUAAUGGGAGAAGCGGAGAUUGAUGUCCAGCCAUUGAUAACAUCAGCAAUGGCAUUUGGGAGACCGGAUAUGUUUGGAAAUAUGCAAAUAGGAAAAUGGCUGAAAUCAAACGACAAUGCGCUUAUGGAAGAUAGCAUCAUUAACAUUGUUGAUGGGAAGGUAAAACAAGAGAUCUCACUGAAGCUCCAAAAUGUUGAAUCUGGGGAACUACAACUAGAAAUGCAGUGGAUUCCUCUUGAGCAAUAGGUGGCAUGUUGCUGCUUCUCCUCCCCCCAAUAAGAAAGAAUCUUGUAAUAUUGUUGAAUGAGUUGAUUAUAUGGACGUACCGGGGCAACAUCUGCCUGUGUCUUCUUUCAAUUGUAUUAUUCAUUCAUUCAUUAUUAAUUUUCGGUUUAAAAACCUUCUUUCUAUAGGGAAAAAUUUGGUGUUUGAGCGAACAACUUUAAUUGCAUUGUCAUCUUUAAUUCCUCA